AUUUAUAUGUACAUAUGUACAAGGAGAAAUUGGAAAGUUAUUUCAUGAUUUUAAGUAAUAUUAUCAUAAUUUUUUAUUCAUAUAUAUUUUUUAAUACUUAAAAUGGAUGAAUUAGACGCAAAGAAUUUAUUAGGAGAUCAAUUAUCAACGGAUCAUAUUUCAAAUGAUCAGUCAACUACCACAGAACGUAAUCAACUGCUUGAAGAUUCAUCAGAAUCACAAAAGAAAAAUUUGUAUUUUAUAUCUAAUUGUCAAUUAUAUGGUAAUCUGCAGUUCAAUAGUUCGCAAAAAAAUGGUAAUUUACCAUUUGAUAAUAACAAGUUGUCUCCGAAACUUGAUUUACAAAAAUCUUCAAAAUGUAUAGAAUGUGAUACUAAUAUAACAUUGGAAGAUAAAAAAAAAAGUGCUUUGAACAAAGAAACAGAACAAUCCGGCAUUUUAGAUGGGAAAUCCCGUAAAGAAUUUAUGAAAAAAGUAUAUAUUGUUUUAUUGAUGCAUUUUAUUACUUUAUUUGGAUUAGUUUCGAUAUUUCUAUUUUUUCGUCCGGCCAGAAUUUGGAUUGCAGAAAUUAAUAGUUUUGCUGUGAUUUCAUGUUUUAUAUUUUUUGAAAUAUUUUUUAUAAUACUAUUGGUGGGAAAAUCAUAUCGAAUUUUGCAGAAAAGCAUAUUAGCCUUAGUUUUGUUUACUAUAACGGAAUCAUUCCUUUUUGGAAAAAUAUCGGAAAAAUAUGACACAAUGAUCAUAUUUAUGACAAUUGGCUUAAUGAUUGGUGUAUGUAUUAGCUUAAUUUUAUUUAUGGUACAAAAAGAACGAUAUGUCACUGUUUAUCGGUGUGCCGUUCUAACUUUGUCUACUAUUUUAGUAGAAAUUGUUACAAUUAAUAUGUUACUCGAUCCAACCACAUUGGAAUUAGUAUUUUCAUCUCUCAUUACAAUAGUUUUUUCAUUUUAUAUGAUAUAUGAUAUUCAUUUGAUGGUAAAUAAUAGACAUGAAUAUUCAGUUAAUCCAAAGGAAUAUGUUUUCGCCGCACUGAUUUUAAAUGUUAAUGUUAUCAACAUUCCAAUUCAUAUUUCAAGAAUUUUAAAUGGAAACAAAGUAAAACAGCGCGUUUCACCACCAAUAAUCAGUAACAAAGAUAUUGUUAUUUAAAUUUUAAAUUAAAAUCUUCAAUUGAAAUGUUAAAAUAUAAAAUGAUGUUUAAUCAUAAAUAUUAAUAAUAAAAUUGAAUUUUUCAAUUGUAACCUCAUCGUUUAAUUAAUUUUGGAUGGAUUUUUCUUUAAGGAACGAAAAAUAAGACUGGGUUCUGAAAAAGUUUAAAAUAUAAAUAAAACAUAUGGAUAUUUAUAUGGAAUCCAAAUUACCUGUUUAAACAUUUAUUUCCAAAAAAAAAAGUUUCAUUGACAGUUUUACAAUAUUAUAAGGAAAUAUUAUACUAUUUCUAGCUCAAUUAUCUUAUGUUUUUAAUAAUUAUUUUAACUGCUUCAUUUGUAUAGGUAUAAAUUACAAAAAAAUUGAUCACAAAAUGAAUUUUUUACUUAAGGCUUAGCUAAUAUAUAAAAAACUUCCUUUUCAAUUUCUCUUCAGAAAACUAAAAACGAAAAAGAAAUAGAUUUCAAACUACACAACAUAUAUUAUGUAAAUAGUUUUGGUGCUGACUUAUUUAUAUUAUAAUUAAUGGGAAUAAAAGAAUAAUUCCGCAAAAUCUGUUAUUAAUUACUUUACCUUAAACAUAAAAAAAAACAGAAAAAACCGAAAGGCGUGUUGAAAAUCUUUAUUAUAAAAAUUUCCUAUAAUUUAAACUUACAAAUCAUUAAAUGGCUGAAAAUAUUUUAAAUUUUGUUUUAAUUACAAAAAAAGCCAAAAAAUAUUUGAAUAUAAUUUAUUCAAAAGCGUAAAAAUAGUAAAUUUAUUAGAUUAUAUCAAUUGGUCGAGUAUUCCUCAGCCAUUUUAAUGAUAAUUUUUUUAUAAUAUCAACAGAAUCUAAAACAAUUUAUCUUCUUACUUUGAAAUUUUUUGCAUAAAAUAUUGAAACUUUUAACAAAACAAAAUUUAAGAUUAAAUUGUAAUAUUUCAAACUCCAAACAAACACACAUUUUAAAAAAUAUCGGAUACCAAUAGCAUAAAUUUGAUUUAUUAAAGUAUUCAAUAUUAUUAAAAAAAAAAACAAUCAAAAUUUUUAAAAGAAAUUAAUAAAUUUAAUUAAUUACAUAAUUGCAAAAUUUGAUAGAGAAAGCAUACAAUAUUGCAAAUUUUUUUGAUUAGAAGGAAUGGUAAUUAUUAAUUUUAUCUAAUAAUACAAGGGUCACACUUGUUUCUUAUAUUAAUUCAAAACUUCUAAAUGCUUUUUGAAAUAUAAAUUUUAUGAUAAAAAUGUUUUUUUUUUCUUAUGAAAUGAGUGUCUUUUUCUUGAUAUGUGUUAUAUAAUAACAACUACGUACUAUGAAUUAUUUUAUA